AUGCCGGGCUUUGCAGAUUCCUUCUGGUCGCCAGACUACGCCGCAGGACUGGGCGUCCUGUUUGGCAAGCUCCAGCAAGGUGUGCAGGAAGACCGACAAAUUCUGAUCAUCGCCCGUAUGCGAGCCGAAGCCGAAGAGGUCUAUGGACAGCGCUUGGGAGACAUUGCGCCUACUGCUGACAAGAUCACUGGUGGAUUCUCACGCGACGAUGGCGCAAGUGUGCGAAAAGCAUACGAUGGCGUACGGACCGAGAUGGAGGACGCUGCGAAGAACCACAAGAAGAUCGCCCAAAGCAUCAGAGACCUGGUGGUGAACCCGUUCGCGCGAUGGUGCGACGCCCACGAGUCCCGCAUACAAGACUCACAAGACGAGCUACAGACCCGCAUCAAAGCCCACGAUCGACAAGCCGAGACCGUGACGAAGCUGCGAAGCAACUACUUCAACAAGUGCCGCAUGGUAGAAGAUCUCGAGGAGGAGAACAAGUUGGCCUUCCAAGAUCCCGAGACGAGUCCAAAACCCAACCAACAAAUACCCGAGAUCAAAGUAUCGCCAAACAAAGACGAAGAAGACGAUGACGAAAUCUACGAGAUUGGAGACGAGACAUACCAUCCCGAGCAGAUCAAGAAGAUACUAACCCACAUGAUGAACACCGUCAAGAUGGGUGAUACGAAGGUCCCCAUUCUUGGAACGUACCUCAACACCUCCUGCGGUUCCGACAUCGUCGAGUACUUUCAGCGGUAUAUGAACACUUCUAGCGUCAGCUAUGCCGAAAGAAUAGGUCAAGACCUGGUCUCCAACGGCUUCCUGCGUCUAGUCGGCAACGUGGGCAACAAUUUCGCGAACAGCUCCAAGCUCUUCUACCAAUGGCGGCCGAAAGCCUUUCAGAUGUCGGGUGUGCCGGAGAAGAAGGCGCCCAUGGCACGAACAUUCUCGCUGCCGACAUCCCCAGACAGUACGAGUGACUCGCCUGUGGUCGGCGCCGUGAGCGAAUACCUUGCCGGUUGGAACGUCCUCAACAAUCAGCAUCCGAACGAGACUCCCCCAGAGAAGCUGCGUCGCGAGGCAAGGGAGAUGGACGAUAAAUACAAACUCAGUGUCCAGAAGCUUGACGAGAUGCGCUGUGAGUUGGAGGAAGCCAUACUGGUACAUCUGAAAUUCCUCGAGCGCUGCGAGUUGGACAGGCUGAAGGCUAUCAAAACCGUCAUACUUGAUUUCUCCGGCACCAUUGGGAACGUGAUACCGAGCUUGCAGUCUACUGUGGACCACAUGAUCCUCUACCAGGAAACCGUUCAGCCAUCGGGCGACUUGCGAUAUCUAUUGGAGAACUAUCGAACAGGGCGCUUCGCUCCCAAAGUUGUUACGUACGAGAACUACUACAACAAGGUCGACGAGCAGACCUUUGGGGUGGACUUGGAGGCUCGCGCAAGAGCGGAUAAGAAACGUGUGCCCAUUAUCGUCACCACAAUCCUCACCUACCUCGACCACCACUACCCUGACCUCGAAGGCGAUGAAGCUCGACGAGGGGUGUGGCUUGCGGAUGUGCCGCUUCCUCAGGUCCACAAGCUGCGUGCAAAGGUCAACAACGGCAAACCCGUCACCGCUGACACGCUGGCUGAGUUCGAUAUACCCACCAUUGCUCACUUACUCAGACUCUAUCUAGUGGAGCUUCCUGACUCCCUCGUCUCCUCCCACGUCUACGAGAUCAUCAGAACGAUCUACACCACUCAAACAGCAGACGGUUCAGACGAUGCGCGAGUCUCAGUUCUGCAGCAGACUCUCUCGCAACUGCGGCUCACUAACAUUGCUACGCUCGAUGCGUGCAUGAACCACUUUACAAGAUUAAUAGACUUGACGUCGGCGGACGAUGAAUACGUCCAGCAGCUCUCUACAUCCCUGGCACCUUGUAUCUUGCGACCUCGGCAAGAGACCUCUCUGACGAUGGAGGAGAAGCACGCCGCUCGCCUGAUCCGAGACCUGCUCGCGCACAAGGAGGCUGUUUUCAGCGAGUUGAAGCGCAUGUCCAGUCUUACGCAUUCAGGGUCCGUCGGUAACAACCGUCCGCGAGCUAUCAGCACCGACGAGAGCAACAGAAGGGCCCACAUGGAGGAGCGACAGCGGGCUCUUUUGGAGAAGGCAGGAGCACCCCGAGGCCGUGAUAAAAGUCCAGCACCGAGCCCACGAGGUCAUAGGCGAGACAGGAGUCAUGGGCCCGAAACGCGCUUCCCGAUUGCCAGCCCGACAGCAGCCAGUGGCCGCGAGCGAAGCAGUCUCGGCAGCCUCAACACGCUGAAGAGGCAGAGCCUCGAGGUCCCCGAAGGAGCGGGUCUGCCGCCCGCUGGGAUCAGCGAGGUAAACGGAACCGCCAACGGCGAAUCACCGAAGCUCGAUACCGAGAAUCUCUCGAAGCGCGAUAGUCUCGGGCGGAGCGGUGCUCGCUUCGUCGGCGGAAGGCGGGUAACCCACACGGCGACCGGAAGCACGCCGUCGACGCCCAAGACCGGGGCGGACACCGAGAGUGCCACGAGUGCCACGCCAGAUAGGGGCGUGACCCUGGUCGACGCGCCGAUGGAUGACUAG